CUGAGACUCAAGAUGCGCCGUCGUCCCGGUCACCCCAGCGCCAACGCGGCGGAUUCCGAUGCCGUUCAACGUGCUCGUUACGGCAACGAAGGAGAUCCAGGUGUCGUAUUGGUCAAAGCUGUUGCUGGUCAUGCCCUCAAGUCCCCCAAGGUCCGCAUGGGACUCGUCCUAUGGGCUGUUGGUCUAUUUUUCAUGCUACUAGCCCCUGGUCUGCGCACUGUCACUCCGGAGAUGAAGUCCACGUACGAGGGUAUGGUCCUGGAGGCUGCCAACAUGCCAGAGUAUCAUGAAGCGUAUGCAAAAUAUACGGAAGCUCAAUCCCACGCUGACGAGGCCAAAGUCUGGUUCUGGCGCUUCCGAGAACCCUACAAGACGAUGGUGGAUCAACGUCAGCCUGUCGCUGACAAAUGGGCGGCCGAAGUGGCGAGAACAGAGCAAGAACGUGAAGACAAGAUGAAAAAGGCUCGAUCUUUUGUGGGACUCUGGUCAGAUUUCGGUCUGGCUGAUCUCCGUUCUAGAUUCUGGAGCGCGUUUGAGAAGGGCAAGAUCUUCGCCCAGCAGCAAACCUUUUACCACAUGAUCAUGCGUGUGCUGUCAGCGCGAGAUGAAGAUAUGCUGAGCAUGGUCCUCAACUGGGUGUUCGUGGCUGUCAUGAACUUCACGACGGGACUACUGGGUGCACUAUUCUACUUUUUCUUCUCGCUCGUCAACAUGGUGUUCUCGUACCAACCUGAUCCUCUCAGUGCGACGGCCUUCGUGGUGCUGGGAUUCAUCGGCGCUGCGAGUGUGGUGGCUUCGUAUUUAUUCGCGAUCUACGGUAUGGUGGCCAGUGGUGUCUACGUAGUGGGCAAGGUCGUUGUGCGUGAUGCACUGGAACAAGAACGUCGUCAACAGCAACUUCGAGGUGAACGACAGGAAUGGUAG